AUGAGUGGCGAAAAUAUAAUCAACCCUACCUCUAGUCCAGAGGAGGAGACUCAUGCUAUUCAAUAUGAAAGGGAUACGGUGGAUGAUCUAAAAGUCUCGGAUUUAUUUCAUUCUCAACAUAAACAAAUUAUGCAGACUGGACCAUAUGCAUUAGACAUCCGAUCAAUUUUAUUGCGAUAA